GGGUGUGAUUGGAGGAAAGGGCCCAUCCUGGGGGCCUCAGGGGCUGGGCAGGGUGGGGCUUUGGGGACUAGGAGGACCCUCCCAGAGUGGGCUGCCUGAAAACAGGAACUUGAAACUGAAAUCCCUCUGCCUUCUUCCCCUUUGAGCUUAAAUCUUUCUGUUUUCUUCCCUCAGAACUGAGAUCACUCUGCCUUCUUCCUUUGUACCUGAGAUCUCUCUGCCUUCCCAUCUCUCUGCCUUCUUCCCCUUUGAGCUGAAAUCUUUCUGUUUUCUUCCCUCUAAGCUGAGAUCUCUCUGCCUUCCCUGGAUCUCAGAUCUCUCUGCCUCCCCGGAGCUGAGAUCUGUCUGCCUUCUUCUCUCAGAGCUGAGAUUACUCUGCUUUCUUCCUUUGGAGCUGAGAUUUCUCUGCCUUCUGAAAACCAGCUUUGUGCGUGCAGGUCCCAGGUAGGUCAGCAUCCAGUCUAGGAAGAGAAGACAAAUACAAAGUCUCCUCCCCUGUCAUCUUUGUCCAUCCCCCGAUCAGUUUGCAGAGGACCAAAGCCUGGAGGCAGAGGGAAUGGCCCCUGGGACCCAGAGACCCUCAUCCCAGGCAUUGGUGACAUUCCAGGAUGUGGCUGUGGAUUUCACCCUGGAGGAGUGGGGCCUUUUGGACCAUUCUCAGAAAGAGUUGUACAAGGAGGUCAUGCUGGAGAAUGUACAGAACCUGCUGUUCCUGGGGUUUCCAGUUCCCAGAGAAGAUCUAAUCUCCUAUGUCCAGAGAGGGGAAGCGCCAUGGAUUCUGGAGCCAAAAGGCCCAAGGAAGUUUUGUCCAGAUGCAGUAACCAGGUUUAAAGUGAAUGAGACUACUACCAACCUGAGCAUUUCUGUGGAAGAAGCUGGCCAGCUACGAUUCAUGAACAAUGGCCCCUGUGACUUCAGUGUGAGAGAAAUCUGUGACUCUGAUAUCAACGUAGAUAAAAAUCCACAGAAUCCUGAUGAAUUUGAUAAAGUUGGAAAGACCUUGAUACAACAUUCAGGCCUAAAUCAUUGUAAGAUAUUGACCCCAAGGAAUGACUGUUCCCAGUACAAAUUCUUUACUGAACAGGCAGAGCUUAUUCAGUCCCAUGAGAAGCCUCCUGAAAUGCAAAGGUAUCAAGAGAAGGUGGCCUUCAGCUUGAGUUCAGACCUCACUGGACAUCAGAAAAGUUAUACUGGCAAAGAGCUUUACCUAUGUAAUGAAGGGAAAAAGGCCUUCAGUGAGGACUCUAAGCUUAUGACUCAUCAGAAAAUCCACAUUACAAAGGAGCCUUACGAAUAUAAUGAAUGUGAAGCAACCUUAUCCCAUCACUCAUCUCUUCCUUACCAUCCGACAUUUCAUACUGGAAUGAAAACAUAUGAAUGUAAUAAGUGUGGGAAGGCCUUUCAUUUGAACUCAGAUCUUGUUAGACAUCAGAAGAUUCAUACUGGAGAGAAACCUUAUAAAUGCAAUGAAUGUGGGAAGGCCUUUGGCUAUAAAUCACGCCUUAUUGGUCAUCAAAGAAUUCACACUGGAGAAAAACCUUAUAAAUGUAAUGAAUGUGGGAAAGCCUUCUGCUACAAAUCAGUCCUUAUUGGCCAUCAGAGAAUUCACAGUGGAGAGAAACCUUAUGAAUGUAAAAAAUGUGGAAAUACUUUCCGAUGGAGCAUCAGUCUUGCUAUACAUGAGAGAAUUCACACUGGUGAGAAACCUUAUGAGUGUAAUCAAUGUGGAAAGACUUUCCACCAGAACUGUAAUCUUGCUGUGCAUCAGAGAAUUCAUACUGGGAAAAAACCUUAUGAAUGUAAUCAAUGUGGGAAAGCCUUCUGCUCCAGAUCAAGCUUUUUGCACCAUCAGAGAAUUCACACUGGUGAGAAACCUUAUGAAUGUAAUCAGUGUGGAAAGACUUUCCAACAGAACUGCAGUCUUACUGCCCACCAGAGAAUUCACACUGGAGAGAAACCUUACAAAUGUAAUCAAUGUGGGAAGGCCUUUUGCUCCAGAUCAAGCUUUUUACACCAUCAGAAAAUUCACACUGGAGAGAAACCUUAUGAAUGCAAUAAAUGUGGGAAGGCUUUCCAACGCAACUCUGAUCUUGCUGCACAUCAGAGAAUUCACACUGGAGAGAAACCUUAUGAAUGUAAUCAAUGUGGAAAGGCUUUCAGAUACCUCUCCAGUCUUGCUAAACAUAAGAGAAUCCAUACUGGAGAGAAACUUUAUGAAUGUAAUCAAUGUGAAAUGGCUUUUACAAACCACUCAAGUCUUUCUACACACCAGAGAACCCAUACUGCAGAGAAACCUUAUGAAUGUAAUCAAUGUGGAAAGACUUUCCGACAGAGCUCCAAUCUUAUUGCACAUCAGAGGACCCACACUGGAAAGAAACCUUAUAAAUGUAAUGAAUGUGGAAAGACUUUCCGAAAGAAGUCCCAUCUUGCUGCCCAUCAGACAAUCCACACUGGAGAGAAACCUUAUGAAUGUAAUCAAUGUGGAAAGGCUUUUACAAGAAGGUCCAGUCUCAUUACACAUCAGAGAACCCACACUGGUGAGAAACCUUAUGAAUGUAAUCAAUGUGGAAAGGCUUUCACUCAGCGCUCCAAUCUUUCCGUACAUCAAAGAAUCCACACAAAAGAGAAUCCUUAUGAACAUGAUCAAUGUCGAAAGACUUUCCAAUGGGACUUCAAUAUUGCUGCUUAUCAGAGAGUCUACAAUGAAAAGAACCCUUAUGAAUGUAAUCAAUGUGGAAAGGCUUUUACAAGGAGGUCCAGUCUUGCUGCCCAUCAGAGAAUCCACACUGGAGAGAAACCUUUUGAAUGUAAUCAGUGUGGAAAGGCUUUCACUCAGAGCUCUAAUCUUUCUGUACACCAGAGAAUCCACACAAAAGAAAAUCCUUAUGAACAUAGUGAAUGUGGAAAGGCUGUCCUGUGGAACUCCAAUAUUCCUGCACAUCAAUCAGAGAAUUCACACUGGAAAGAACCCUUAUGAACAUAAUCAAUGUUGAAAGGUUUUGGGAUUUAAUUACAAUCUAGCUGAACAUCAGAGAAUCCACACUGCUAAGAAACUAUCUGAAUGUAAUCAGCAUGGAAAGGCUGUAGUCUUGGUGAAUAUCUGAGAAUCCACAGUACAAGGAAGCUUUAUGAGUGUCAUGAAUGUGGUGGAGCCUUUAGUUACCACUCUGAGUUUAUUGAACAUGAUGGAAUCCACACUGGAAAGAAACCUGACAAAUAUAGUCAAUGUGGUAAAACUUUCAGGCAACAUUCAUCUCUUUUUUACCAUCAGAAAAUUCAUGCCAGAUAGAAAACUUAUCAUUGUAAUGAAUGAGGAAAGGCAUCUAAAUGAAGUACAGAGCUUGUUUAACAUCAGAAGAAUCAUUCUGAGGAGAAGCUUUAUGAAUUCUAUGUUAGAAGGCCUUCAGCCCAAGAUCAUCUCUUACUUUGUAUCAGAGGAUUCAGGAUGGAGAGAAGACUUAUGGAUGUUCAUAAAGGGGACAUGCUUUUCUCUGGAAGAGGGAGAUCAGUAGACAACAAUAUUUAUAGUGGAAUGAUGGCUUAUAGAAAUGAAGGUUGUGGGAAAGACUUCCUUCACUUAGAGCUCCUACUUGACUGGAUGUGGGAAAAAUCUUAGAGAUAAAACUCUUGGAUCUAAUUAAUAAGAGAAGGUCUUUUGCUGCAGGACAGACUUCAUUAGACCUCCCAAUAUGAGAGACUUUAUUAGACAUCCCAGAUUUCAUACUAUGCAUAAAGUCUUAUAAAUGUAGUGAAUUUUUCUCUGAAAUCCUGGUGUUUGUCAUUACCUCUCAUUAUUUCAUGACAUUUAUAUGCUGUACUUUCUCCAGCCAUUCCCCAAUUAAUUGGUACUCACUUUGUUUCCUGUUGUUUGCUGGUACAAAAAGUCUUCAUAUAAAUAUUUUGGUAUCUGUUAUACUUGUAUUUCUGCCAUGCUUUCUUUGAGCAUUUAGGUAACCCAAUAGAUAGAGUGCUGUGCUUCAAACCAUGAGACCCAAGUUCAAAUUUGGUAUCUGAAACUUACUAUAUAUUUAUUACCCUAGGCAAAUCACCUAACCUAUUACUGCCUUGGUUUCUCCAUCUUUAGAAUCAGGAUAAUAAGUGUACCUACCUUCCAAGGUUGAUGUGAGCAUCAAAUGAGACCAUAUUUCUAAAACACUCUCCUAGACUUAAAUCACUAUGGAAGUGGUAGGUUUUUUAAUGCUUACUAUUCCUUGUGUCCUAAAUGUCAUAGUGGAGUCAGUAGGCUUAAACAUCUGGACAGUUUAGACACUUACUUCAAAUUGACAUUAAGAACAGUGUAGAUGAAGACAAUACUUGGAAAGCAUUGCUCUAGAUUUGGAGUCAGGAAGUUUUGGUUUCAAAUCCUGACUAAAGUACUCUCUAGUUCUGUAACUCUGGACAAGGAACAACCUUUCUGUGUUUACUUUACUCGUCUCUAAAAUGAGAUUGGCUCCAGCUGCUGUAGUUCCUUCCAAAUCUAAAGAUGUGUUCUUCUCACAAGUACAUUCAUUCAUUUCUUUCCACAGCCUCUUCCAAUAUUCUAGAAAGUAGGCCUAGCAAGACCAAAUCUGAAACCAUACUAGAAAUCUGUUGUCAUCCAAACUGUUUUGUCCUACUUAAAAAUAAAGAUCUUGAGAAACUGAAGAGAUCAGGUGUGUAAUAUACAAAAGAUAAUGAGUGUAGUAACUACAUGUUCAAUCAAUCCAAAGACCUCCACUAUGGAGCCAGGACUUACUAACCACUACAAAGUGCUGGAAACACUGAAAAGUAGUCUGGCAGAAAAUAGGUAUAGACCAACAUCUUAAACUGUGUACCAAGAUUAGCUCCUAAUGAAUUCAUUACUUAGAUAUAAAAGGUCACCUCAAGUAAAUUAAAGGAGCCAAGAAGAAGAGACAUUUCUGAAUAGUGGGAGAGUUCAUCACCAAACAAGGGACGGAGAGCAUCACAGAAAAGAAAGAGGCCAGUUUUUGUAAUACAAAAAGCCCAGUACAUCUAAAAUUUAAAGGGAAGCAAUUAACUGGGAAAAGAUUUGCAGCAAGCUUCCUUCAUAAAGGCUCCAUGUCCAAGGUAUAUAAAGAAGAAAUUCUGAUCACAUGCAGCUAUGUAAAGAAUGGCUGAAUAAAUUUUGGCAUAUGAAUGGUGAAACAUAAAAAGACACAUGGAAGCUUCAAUGGAAUCUCGGAAGUGUUGGAUGAACUCCUGCAGGCUGCAGGGAGUCAUUGAUGAUAAUCACAACAUUGUGAUUAUCUUUGUUUUAGCUUUGGAAGAUGUCACACCUCUGAUUGUUGUAACGAUCAACCAGUACAGCAGGGGAGAUACAAAGAUCCGUUCAGCCUGUCUCCUGAUCCAGAGCUGAUGGAUAUGAGAUAUACAUUAAAAAGUACAUUUUGGGAAAUAGUGUGGGAAUUGAUUUUGCUUGACUGUGCUUUCGUUACCAUUUUUUUUUUCAAUUUUGGAUAGCAGAAAAUAGUAAUGUGAGGGGGACUAUGAAUAAGAUUUUUCUCCCCACAGUCUCCAUCCACCAAAAAAUAAUAAAGGGAAUUGAUGAAUUUUAAUAAUAUAUCCAGUAGAACAGAAGGAAGUCCAGAAGGAAUAAGAAUAGCUUUGAAAGUGCCAUGUUGACUUUUUUAAUUACUGAACAGGAAAAUCAAGCUAUGCACAUUAGAACUUGUUUCAUGUGCAAUCCUCUUUAUCUGUUUUAUGGGGUCUAUAAAAUAUUCAUUUCAUUUUAUGUUUGUGAAUUU